AUGGCCCCUAGAAUCCUACUCUGCGGCGACGUUUUUGGCCGCCUUAACCAGCUCUUCAAGCGCGUCUCAUCGGUGAACAAAUCGGCCGGUCCAUUCGACGCCCUCUUGUGCGUCGGCCAGUUCUUCCCCGACUCACCGGAGCUUCUUGAUGAUUUUAUGUCAUACAUUGAAGGCGCCUCUCACAUUCCCCUCCCAACGUACUUCAUCGGCGACUACGGUGUCGCCGCUCCUAAAGUUUUGAUGGCGGCCACUAAGGAUUCUGCCAACCGUGGUUUCAAGAUGGAUGGUUUCAAGGUUUGCGAUAAUUUCUAUUGGUUGAAAGGCAGUGGCAAGUUCAACCUCUUCGGGUUAUCUGUCACCUAUUUAUCUGGUAGGAAAUCAUCAAAUGUUCAGCAGUUUGGAACUUUUAGUGAAGACGAUGUUGAUGCUUUGCGUGCAAUAGCUGAGGAACCUGGAGUUGUUGAUUUGUUCUUGACUAAUGAAUGGCCAAGUGGGGUUACAAAUGGAGCAGCUGCUUCAGACAUUCCUGCUGAAUUCUCGGAAUCUAGCGGCAGUGAUUCAAUCAUAUCAGAGUUAGUACAAGAGAUUAAACCACGCUAUCAUAUUGCAGGUUCUAAAGGUAUAUACUAUGCCCGCGAACCAUAUUCCAAUGUUGAUGCCGUGCACAUUACCCGUUUCAUUGGGCUUGCAUCUGUUGGAAAUAGAGAUAAGCAGAAAUUUAUUCAUGCAAUUUCUCCAACACCUGCAUCCACCAUGUCUUCAACUGAGAUUGCCAUGAAAACCACAAAUACUACCUUAUCACCAUACACGUCUACAAAGGAAAAAGCUUCUCCUAAUGACACUGCAAAGAGACCUGGUGACUCUGAUUCUCAACAUUGGAGAUAUGAUGUUUCACAAAAACGGCAGAAACAUGACGCUGGAGAUAAGUUAUGUUUCAAAUUUGUAUCUUCUGGCUCUUGUCUACGGGGAGACACAUGCAAUUUCCGACAUGACACAGAUGCAAGGGAGCACUGUUUGAGAGGUGUUUGUUUUGAUUUUUUGAACAAGGGAAAAUGUGAAAGGGGUCCAGAUUGCCGCUUUAGGCACAGCUUGCAGGAUGAAGGUGAUAAGCAUCCUUCCAGGAAGCCUGGAUCAGAAAAUACAAGGUCUAGCAGAUCAAGAGAAUGCUGGUUUUGCUUGUCAAGCCCCAAUGUGGAGUCACAUUUAAUCAUAAGCAUCGGGGAAAAUUACUAUCUAGCACUGGCUAAAGGUCCACUUGUUGAAGACCACGUGCUGAUAGUACCUGUUGAGCAUAUGCCAAGUACUUUAUCUUUGUCUUCUGAAUCUGAAGCUGAGCUCAUACGAUUUCAGAACAGUCUCAAGAGAUGUUUCAAGAACCAAGAAAAGGAAGUCAUAUUUUUUUGA